AUGGCUGGAGUUGUAGGAUCAACAGGUUUCUGGAUAACAAUUUCAAUCCAUAUCAUGUAUUUGGUGUUAGCUCAAGAUGGGGAUCAAUUCAUGCACUAUGACUUCAGGGAAGCAGGCCUGCAUCUUGAUGGAAUGGCAAACACCAACGAUGGUCCAUUGCAUCUUACAAAUGAUACAGCAACGAGCACAGGUCAUGCUUUCCACAAAGGUCCCAUGAAGUUCACAGGGUCGUCUUCGGGUUCACUUUCCUUUUCAACAGAGUUUGUCUUUGCAAUCUUUCCACUGCAAAGCCCACCUCGCUACGGUCAAGGUAUGGCUUUUGUGGUAGCUCCUACCACAGACCUUAUGAUUAAGGGCUCCGCAACUUCAUAUUUAGGACUUUUCAACAGAACAAAUGAUAACAAAACUGAAAACCAUAUCCUGGCUGUAGAGCUUGACACUAAUGAGAGCUCUGAACAACUUGAAACAAGCGCAAACCAUGUUGGGAUUGAUAUUAACAGUAUAGUCUCGGUUGCAUAUGCGGAUGCUAGUUACUAUGAUGAAACAGAGAAGAAGAACAAAACCCUGAUGCUUGCUAGUGGAAAAAGUAUUCUCAUCUGGAUAGAUUAUGAUGGAGUAGAGCAACUACUAAAUAUAACGUUAGCUCCAGUACCAACUCCAAAGCCAGUUUCGUCUCUCUUGUCAAGAUCCAUCAAACCAAGUGUGCCUCUCUUGUCAAGAUCCAUCAAUAUUUCAGAGAUUUUCAAUGAGACGAUGUUUGUAGGUUUCUCUGGUUCCACAGGCACAGUCAAAAGUGACCAGUAUAUCCUUGGAUGGAGUUUCAAGAAUGGCGGAAAAGCAGAGAGCCUUGACUUGUCAAGGAUUUCAGAUCCCCCUAAUCGACCUCCACCACCACUUUCUCCGCCAGUAUCGGAGUCUGGAGACACUAAUAAAUUAAGUCUAAUGCUAGGCACUACUAUACUGUCAAUUGCAUUUCUGUUGAUGCUGGGAGUCUGGAGACACUAA